UUUCCCUUUUCUUUCCUUUUCUUCAACUCUUCUCUCUUCCUCUCUCCAAACUUUGUGAAAGUUUGUAAUUCAUUAUUCAAUCUUGGGGUCUUAUUUUUCUCUCCCGUUUCUAUAUGUAUUUUCCUUUAUUUGCUUCCGCCAAAAUCGUUCUGUUACUCGAAGAUUUUCCAUAACGGAGUUUAUUUUUAAUUUUCUCAACAACAAAAUGCUGAAGAGGCGUUGAUGGCUUCUGGAAUUGAUUGAGAGAGAGAAAUUGGCAGUUUAUUUUAUUAGCAACCGGCAAUGGAUAUGGUUUUGACCUUAGGAAGAGCAGACACUGAUGUUAGUGAAGAGACAAAAGGGACCGGAAACACCAUCAUGCACGAAGAAACCCAGAGAAAACUUGGAGGCUCAGGCUUUGAUUCCAGAGAUCGAAGAAAGAGCAAGUACCUGUCUUACCCAUAUACAAACCUUAGAUCAAAACAAAACGAUUUAUGUGCUGAAACUGAAAACUUGAAGACACAAUGUCCAUCUCGGAAAAGAGGGGCUUCAAGUUUUGCCACUAGCCCUGCAAAUAUAUCUUCUUUGAAUGCUAAAUUGGGUAGCAAGAGGUUCCGAAAGAACUGGUACAGAAAGUUCAUCAGCUGUAAUAAUCUGUCUAGCAGUCCGGAAUUCAUGAAUGCAUCUAUGGUUGAUGUACUCUCAGGACUUUUUUCUACAGCCGUUGAUUGUAUGUUUCCUGUUGGGAAGGAGAGCUUUGGCUUAGUUGAGCAGUUCUUUUGCAGAUAUAGAAUAUCAAACUAUUGUGAUGAGGCUGAACUUGCUACCUUACAAGUUAAUGCACAAGAACUGGGGAAACCUGUGGGUAAUGAUUUGCCAGAUACUGUAAGUAAGAAGAGAAAGAACAAUAAAAGGGAAAGUGCAGUUAGGCGGAAGAGAAAAUCACUCAGUGGUCUAUCAGAUGUGAAUGCAAGCACAUCUACCUUUGACUCUCAGAUGCCUGGGAAAAAAAUGAAACAAAAGAGGAAGAUGGAAGAAGCAACUUUGGGGCAACAGCUGCAAAAUGUUAAGACAAAUUUAAUUGGGGGAAGCAGCAAAUACAGCUCAACCCCUCAAACUUCACCAAAUCUCAGUUGCCUUGCUUCCGAAGGAAAGACUGUGUAUAAAAGGAGGAAAAAGAUAAAAGCACAAGAGAAUGAAAGUGCUCAAAUUACUUCGGUGUGUACAGAUGCCAAAAAGCUUAAAUGCAGUUCACUGGUAGUAGAUUUGCAGUUUACAUCCCCUCCUGUGCCUGUUGAUAUUCCUCAGAGAAAUAAAAGUGGAAAUAAGGAAGAACUACUUUUCAUAUCUACUAAUCCAGGGUCUUGUGUUUCCCAAAAAGGGCCUAUUGGUAGGAUUAAUGAUAAUAGCUUGUCGGUAAUUACUAAGGCGGAGGCUGAUACUGUCCUGGUAAGUAAAACAGCAUUAAAUAACAGCAUGGAGAAAGCAGCAGGAGCAGGAGUGCCUCACAAUAGCUUGGGGAAAGCAGCAGAAGCGAAUCCCAAUACUGAACUUGCUGUAGAGCAAACAGGGCUGAACAAUAGCAUGGAGAAGGCAGCAGAGAAGCCUCUCAAUACUAAACUUGCUUUAGGGGAACCUAGGCAGAUGGAUAGCACAGAAAUGGCAGCAGAAAAGCUUCUCAAUACUAAAUUUGUUGUAGAGAUACCUGAUCUGAACUGUUCUGGUGCUGAAUGCAAUUCAAUCAGCACAGAAUUUGAUACUGUCAAUUUCACUUCAAAUGAAUUGAAACCCGAGAAGUCGAGCUUACCUGCUUGUUCAAGGCCUAUCAAAACUGCUAUUAACAGGAGACGGAAGGACGGUUGUGAAUCACUUGGAAAUUGUCUUCUCCUACAAUUUGCCCCCGUAGCCUAUAUCCCAUCAAAAGAAGAUCUAAUGACAACCUUUUACCGUUUUGGUCCCUUGAAGACAUCAGAAACUCAGUUGCUAAAAGACAUUGGUAGUGCUCAAGUAGUUUUUGUCAGAAGUAAAGAUGCUGCUGCUGCAUUUCAUAGUUUAGAGCAGAACAAAUUUGCCUUUGGUUCUACUCUUGUUGAUUACAAGCUCCAUCGUUCUUCUGCACCCUGUCCACCUGUGGAGCAACUCGUGAUCCCUGCCCAACCAACUGGGUUUAUGGCAAUGCCUGGUUUAACCCCUACUCAACCAACUGGAUCUAUGGCAAUGCCUGGUUUAACCCCUGCUCAACCAACUGGGUCUGUGGCAAUGCCUGGUGUAAACCCUGCUCAACCAACUGGGUCUAAGGCAAUACCGUGUUUAACGCCUACUCAACCAACUGGGUCUAUGGCAAUGCCUGGUGAAACCCCUACCCAGCCAAUUUUGUCUAUGGCAAGGCUUGGUGUGACCCCUAAUCAGCCAACUAUGGCUGUGGCAAUGCCUGGUGUGACCCCUAAUCAGCCAACUAUGGCUGUGGCAGUGCCUGGUGUGACCCCUACACAACAAACUGGAUUUACUUUGCCAAUGCUGGGUGAAACACCUCCUUCCCUUCAGGACAUGAAGCAGGGGCUGCAGAUGAUGGAAUCAGUCCUGGAGAAUUCAGGGGGUAGUCUUUCCCCCCAGAUGAGAGCCAAGCUGGAUUCUGCAAUUAAAAACCUUAUGAGAAAGGUCAAUUCCGUGACCUAGGUCUAAACAGUGGUCUGGGAAGCUUUUCUUUCUAAUUUUAUCAUGGAAGUGUAAAUCACAGUAGUUUCAGGGUUUAUAUUGUUGUCAUCUUUCAGUGGUUCUACUGGUUGACUUGCAUCCCCAUUCUUUGAAGAUAUUUUAUGCACGAGUGUAGUUCGAUUCAAUAUCAUUCAGUGCUUACAAAGUCUUUCAAUUGUAUUUAUACAUCUAUAACAAUCUCCAAAUUAGUCAUUAAGAAAUUUAGUUA